CUCUGUAAUCUAACACAGGUAGAGGAGAGGAAGAGGAGACCACAGCUGGAGAGAUGAGAGCAUCCCAAUGGCUGUACCUGGUGGGCUUUCUCCUCUUUUUCCUUUUUCCUGCUCACCUCUGUGAGACCUGUGCGGCAAAACAGCAGGCCAGCCUGGCUCCUCUGAUGUCCACAGUGAUUAAAUCCAAGCAGCCCUUCCCAACUGUAGCCCCCAGGAUCCUGAUUGCUCUUAGACUCGCAAGGCAACAAGACCGGGACGCCGAGACAACUUUCCUGAACGAAAUUAAACAAAGAAUCCAGCAACGCCAUGAGACUUUAACUUCAGGACAGCUGGCCCUGAUUAUACUAGCAUUGACAGCUGCCUGCCAGACACAAAUUGUGGCUGAUUAUAACCUGGUUGAAAACCUUGAACAGAAGUUCCAAAAGGAAGUAGACAAUAUUGAUACCCAUGGCCACCCAUUGACUAACUACUACCAGGUUGGCUUGGAUGUCUUGGCCUUGUGUCUUCUAAAUGGGACCUAUUCAACCUCCAAAAUUGCUGAGCUCUUCUCUCAAAAGCAAAGGACAUAUUAUUUCGGUGGCCAAUUUUCUGUGGACACAGGGGCACUUGCUGUCCUGGCUCUGACUUGUGUGAACAGGAGGAACCCAGACAAAAAGAAUGAAAGCAAUAUAUCAUGGCUUGUGAAAAAGAUCCUGGAUGAGAAAAAAACAGAUGGCACCAUUGGAAAUAUAUAUAGCACAGGAGAAGCCAUGCAGGCCCUUUUUGUAUCUUCCGAGUAUUACAGGAAAGACUCCUGGGACUGUGAUCAGACUCUUCAAACCGUGCUAAGCCAGAUUCCUCAGGGAAGAUUCAGAUUGCCCAUCGCUGCAGCCCAGGUGUUACCCGCUCUGGAAGGCAAGACUUACUUGGACAUAACCCGAGUUUCCUGUCGGUCCAGUCCAGGUCACCUCAACAUCUCCACCCCAAAACCUGUGAAGCCCACUAGCCAGCCCAAAGAGAACAUCUCAGUCACAUACAGAGUAGUGGAUUCCAUCAAUGACAACAUUAAUGACUCCACCAGCAUCUCAGUGCCAAAGGGCUCUGUCUUCCUGAAGGUGAUGGAGGCAGCUCAAGCAAAGAAUCACACCAUGUUCAGGUUCACCACGGAGUCAAGUGAAUGGGGAGCAUAUAUCACCUCUGUGGGUGGAAUUCAGGCCAGCAAUAAAAACAGAACCUACUGGCAACUCCUGAGUAAUAAUCGACCACUGAGCCAAGGAGCUGAGAGCUUUGUAGUGUCUAACGGCGAUAAACUGGAGGUCAGGCUGAGCCAGUAUUGAGGGAAGAGACAUUGGAGGAGGCGCCCAACCAUAAUAUCCAACCUUUCCACCUGUGGAGUCUGCUCCAGGAUUCCUUUGAGAAACAGAAGACCCUUUACCUUUCUCCUCACUCAUCUCAGUCCCUGUGGGAAGCCAAGCAACUUUGUCCUCCCUCUGCUUAUGCGAUAAAAAUUCAACAGAACAAUAGUACUGUGAAUUAUUUCUGCUAAUAAGAGGGCUUUGGAAAUCAAGGAAAGGAAUUUGUGUCCGGCCACCAUUAAAAAGAUCUAGGCAGAAAGUGCCUGGCAUGGAUAUAAGUGCUUUAAAAUAUGUAGUACUGGGGGCAGCUAGGUGGCGCAGUGGAUAGAGCACCGGCCCUGGAGUCAGGAGUAGCUGAGUUCAAAUCCACCCUCAGAACAUUGACACUUACUAGCUGUGUGACCCUGGGCAAGUCACUUAACCCCAAUUGUCUCACACACACACAAAAAAAAUAUGUAAUACUUCCUCUGCUUUAUUGUUUGUUCCUCACAGCAAAGUGACACAAUGAAUAUGUAUUAGUCCCAUUUGGCAGAUAAGGAAACUGAGGCUCAAAGAAGAAAAUUAAGUCAAGAUCCUUGGAUUUCAAAUCCAGAAGAAAUCUGCGGAAAUCUGGUACAAUCUCCUUAUUUUACACAUUGGGAGAACAGAGGCUGCGUUGUGGUUCCUGCCCCCCCUCCAAUUUCUAUUUGGUGUUCAUUUUUAUCUUACUUAACAAAGAGAUGGCAUGACUCUGUACGGAUAACUAAGUCAGAAAUGGCACCUAUAUCUCUAA